AUGCGGCUGCUUGGGCUCCUCGGCCUUCUCUGGAUGUUCGGGGUCUCCCCAGGAGCCACAGGAACUGUGUCCACGGCCACACCCGUCUCUCACGCGCUUUUUCCCAGGGUGGAAGGAACCCGCGCUGCACUCACUGACUCCCUGAGCCCCAAAGGCAUGGCAGGGUGGCCACUGGGUGGCCCCCAGCCCGCUUCUCCCACUCCUGGCCGCAGGGAAAACACACCCACGCCCCUGACCACCUCCCACCAUGUGAAACCCAUCUCGUCUCCAGUCGGCUCUGACACCUCCACAACCCCACCGUCCAAGUUUGCUUUCAAGGUUGAAACCACUCCACCGACUGUCUUUGUCUAUACGGCCACCACUGAGUGCGUGCGUCCAACGAGUUUUAUAAUCACCACCUCCUACCCCACCACCACCUGUGUGACCGUGACCCAGGUGUCCUUUACCAGCUCCUACACCCCCACCCCCAUGACACAGAGGCCAGAGACAACCGUCACCAGUACUCACCCUAGUACCGCUACCCAGAAAGUCACCUCGCCCAUGACCUCUUCUCCCUCUACCACCGUGCGGGAAACUCCCACCGCGACGGCUCCACCCCCCUCCUCUGUCUCAGCCGCAGACACAACCCCGCACACCGACACCUCCUCUACAACUGGAACCACAAGGAGGACUCCCCCGACCACGGCAUGUGUCCAUACGACCAAGCCCCCCACCCCGGGAAUGACUCCCACCUCUGCUACUCCUCCUUCUCUAGCUACCACGCACACCUUCUCAAGCACAGCAACUGACAGCACCUUCUCACCCGCCACCAGGAGCACGUCCACCACACCGGCCACGGUCACACCUUCCUUUCCUAAAACCAGCAGCACAUUUCAGACAGAGACCUCCGCCACCCCCUCCCCCGCCUCCACCGAGGCUCUAACGCCGCCUACAGCACUUGUCCCUUCUGCUUCUACGGAGGCAACCACUCGACCAGGCGAGCCAAUCGUGACAAUGACCGUCACGAUGAGCUCUGGGAAAACGACCUCCACUCCCGUGAGUGACACUCCCAGGGGAACUCUCACCACGGAAACUACAUCCACUUUCCCGGUCACGUCAUUAGUCACACUCACCAGUACAGAGAUUUCUUCAACCCCCACCAUCUCUCCUCCAAAGACCAACAAUGUCAUAACCACACCCACAAGCACGCGCCUGUCUUCGACACCUUCACACGUCACCUCCACAACUAACACAUCCACGCCUGCCCCGGCUACGUCUCCUACAACCUUAAGGACGGUGGAGACAUUCACAACUCUCACCAUGGCUUCCGCCAGUACAGACAGCCCUACCCCGAACCCAACGACGAUUAAGCCCUCAUCUGUGGGCGCCACUGGAUCACUGACUACAGGGACAAACUUCACCUCAAUAUCCACAGUCUCCAGGAUGUCAGCAACAUCCACAAAUAUCAUUUCAUCUGAUCACACCCUCCAGAACACGGAAGCAACCUCCCUUGUUACCACAACCUCCACUACAGUUCCCACUGUGAGAACUACUCUCACAAGUACUGAAAACAAUCCCACAAGUAGCCUCACUCCAGAAAUUUCAGCCACAUCUGCAUUCCCCUCUACAACAUCUGCCAGCAGUGACAGGACCACACCCACUGGGAGUAUCUCCUUUGUUCCGUCCACCAGUACAUACCACUCCACCUCUGGGUCCACUCCUGCACCCACAACCACCACCUCACCCACAACAUCCCCAGGGGUGGAACCCUCUUCCUCCACCCUGCCAACCACAGGUACCGGCCAGACGACCUACACCAGCCAGGGGACCACGUCCCCUGAGAAAACCACACUGACUCGUACCACUGAAUUUCUCACAGAAUCUCUCACCACAGAAAUCUCUUCUCCUCCCCACAUUACUUCUUCCAUCACUGAUUCAGCGACUUCGAGGACAACCACCAUGGUUUCUCCCACAACCACCCAUGCUGUCACAUCCCCCACCAAUGGGAUUCCAUCGUCUACAGCGGUCCCAAGUACAGAACUGGCCACCAGUGCUCCCAUACACACCACCCCUCUGUCUACCUUGGCGACCACCCUCCCGACCACCCACGCCAGGUCCUCUCCGACAUCUGAGACCACCUACCCCCAUUCUCCCACGAUUUCUGUCACGACAUUCACAACUGAGGUGACACGCCCAUCCACUAUGAUAGAUACCUCUAGCACCGCCAUUUCUCUCACACCCACCUCUCACUCCACAUCCACCUCAGAAACAGCCCAGACUCCUACCACCAACUUGGUAACCACCGCCACUGUGACCUCUUCACAUGGCACCCCCAGCUUCACCUCUUCAAACACCGACUCCACAGCCAGCACUUCCACAACUGCCGUCACUUCAGUUCCCAUGAUCUCAAGUACCCUGGUCACCUCCACAACCACGACUCCGACAUCACUCAUUACACACGUCCCUACCACAACACCAACAACCACAACCCUGUCAUCUGUGGGCUCCACUGGUUCACCUGCUACAGUGACGGAUCUCACCUCACACACCGUCCCCAACAAGCCAACAACAGCCACGAAUAUUGUCUCAUCCCACCCCACCGUCCAGAGUACAGAAACAGCCUCCCUCGUUACAACCACUCCGACUGUGAGAACUAAUCUCACCAGGACUGAGAACAUCCCAACAACUACCCUCACCACAGGCCUUUCAGCCACAUAUGCAUUCCUCUCUUCCACAUUUGCCAGCAGUGUCAGGUCCACGCCCACUGAGAGUAUCUCCUCUGUUCCACCCACCAUAACACCACACUCCACAGCUGGGUCCACCCCGGCACCUACGACCACCACCUCAUUCACAACAUCCCCAGCGAUGGAUCCUUCUUCCUCCACUGUAGCAACCACAGGCACCGGCCAGACGACCUUCACCAGCCUGGGGGCCACGUCCCCUGAGAAAACCACACCAACUCCUACCAUCGAAUUUACCACAGAAUCUCUCACCACAGAAAUUACUUCUCCUCCCCACAUCACUUCUUCCAUCACUCCCACCGAUCCUGUGACUUCGGGGACAACCACCAUGAUUUCUCCCACAACCACCCACGCUGUCACAUCCCCCAACAAUGGGAUUCCAUCGUCUACAGCGGUCCCAAGUACAGAACCGGUCACCAGUGCUCCCAUACACACCACCCCUGUGUCCACCUUGGCGACCACCCUCCCGACCACCCACCCCAGGUCCUCCUCGACAUCUGAGACCACCUACCCCCAUUCUCCCACGAUUUCUGUCGCGACAUUCACAACUGAGGUGACAGGCCCCUCCACUAUGACAGAUACUUCUAGCACCGCCAUUUCUCUGACACCCACCUCUCGCUCCCCACCCACUUCAGAAGCAGCCCAGACUCCUACCCCCAGCUUGUUAACAACCGCCACUGUGACCUCUUCACCCAGCACUCCCAGCUUCACCUCUUCAAGCAUCAACCCCACAGUCAGCACUUUCACAACUGCUGUCACCUCCGUUCCCAUGACCUCCAGUACCCUGGUCACUUCCACAACCACGACUCCGACAUCACUCAUUACACACAUCCCUACCACAACACCAACAACUGUGGACUCCACUAGUUCACCUGCUACAAUGAGGGAUCUCACCUCCACACACACCAUCCCCAGCCAGCGAACAACAGCCACGAAUAUCGUCUCAUCCCACCCCACCAUCCAGAGGACAGAAACAACCUCCCUCGUUACCUCCACUCCAACUGUGAGAACUACUCUCACCAGGACUGAGAACAUCCCAACAACUACCCUCACCACAGGCCUUUCAGCCACAUCUGCCUUCCCCUCUUCCACAUCUGCCAGUAGUGUCGGGACCACGCCCACUGAGAAUGUCUCCUUUGUUCCACCCACCACAACACCCCAUUCCACGCCUGGGCCCACCCCGGCACCCACGACCACCCCCUCAUUCACCACAUCCCCAGCGACGGAACCUCCUUCCUCCACCGAACCAACCACAAGCACCGACCAGAUGACCUUCACCAGCCCGGUUGCCACGUCCCCUGAGAAAACCAUACCGACUCCUACCACCGAAUUUUCCACAGAAUCUCUCACCACAGAAAUUACUUCUCCUCCCCGCGUCACUUCUUCCAUCACUCUCACCGAUCCUGUGACUUCGGGGACAACCACCAUGAUUUCUCCCGCAAGCACCCACGCUGUCACAUCCCCCACCGAUGGGAUUCCAUCCUCUACAGCGGUCCCAAGUACAGAACCGGUCACCAGUGCUCCCAUACACACCACCCCUGUGUCCACCUUGGCGACCACCCUCCCGACCACCCACCCCAGGUCCUCCUCGACAUCUGAGACCACCUACCCCCAUUCUCCCACGAUUUCUGUCACGACAUUCACAACUGAGGUGACACGUCCCACCACCAUGACAGACACAUCAAGCACUGCCAUUUCUCACACACCCACGUCUCGCUCCACACCCACCUCAGAAGCAGCCGAGACUCCUACCCCCAGCUUGGUAACCACCGCCACUGUGACCUCUUCACACGGCACCCCCAGCUUCACCUCUUCAAACACCGACUCCACAGCCAGCACUUCCACAACUGCCGUCACUUCAGUUCCCAUGAUCUCAAGUACCCUGGUCACCUCCACAACCACGACUCCGACAUCACUCAUUACACACAGCCCUAGCACAACACCAACAACUAUCUCCCUGUCAUCUGUGGGUUCCACUGGUUCACCUGCUACAAUGAGGGAUCUCACCUCCACACACACCGUCCCCAGCCAGCGAACAACAGCCACGAAUAUCGUCUCAUCCCACCCCACCAUCCAGAGGACAGAAACAACCUCCCUCGUUACCUCCACUCCAACUGUGAGAACUACUCUCACCAGGACUGAGAACAUCCCAACAACUACUCUCACCACAGGCCUUUCAGCCACAUCUGCCUUCCCCUCUUCCACAUCUGCCAGCAGUGUCGGGACUACGUCCACUGAGAGUGUCUCCUUUGUUCCACCCACCACAACACCCCACUCCACAGCUGGGUCCACCCUGGCACCCACAACCCUCACCUCAUUCACCACAUCCCCAGCGAAGGAUCCUCCUUCCUCCACUGUAGCAACCACAGGCACCGGCCAGACGACCUUCACCAGCCCAGGUGCCACGUCCCCUGAGAAAACCACACUGACUCCUACCACUGAAUUCUUCACAGCAUCUCUCAUCACAGAAAUUUCUUCUCCUCCCCACAUCACUUCUUCCAUCACUCCCACCGAUCAAGUGACUUCAAGGAAAACCACCAUGAUUUCUCCCACAACCACCCACGCUGUCACAUCCCCCACCAAUGGGAUUCCAUUGCCUACAGCGGUCCCAAGUACAGAACUGUCCACCAGUGCUCGCAUACACACCACCCCUCUGUCCACCUUGGCGACCACCCUCCCGACCACCCACCCCAGGUCCUCUCCGACAUCUGAGACCACCUACCCCCAUUCUCCCAUGAUAUCUGUCGUGACAUUCACAACUAAGGUGACACGUCCCACCACCAUGACAGAUACAUCAAGCACCGCCAUUUCCCUCACACCCACCUCUCCCUCUCUCUCCACCUCGGAAACCGCCAAAACCCCAAGCACAAACUCAGUGACGAUGGACACCGUGACCUCCUCACAGGGGAAGCCCAGCUUCACUUCUUCAAACACCGACUCCACAGCCAGCACUUCCACAACUGCCGUCACUUCAGUUCCCAUGAUCUCAAGUACCCUGGUCACCUCCACAACCACGACUCCGACAUCACUCAUUACACACAGCCCUAGCACAACACCAACAACUAUCUCCCUGUCAUCUGUGGGUUCCACUGGUUCACCUGCCACAGUGACGGAUCUCACCUCAACACACACCAUCACGAACAAGCCAACAACAGCCACGAAUAUUGUCUCAUCCCACCCCACCGUCCAGAGGACAGAAACAACCUCCCUCGCUACCUCCACUCCAACUGUGAGAACUACUCUCACCAGGACUGAGAACAUCCCCACAACUACCCUCACCACAGGCCUUUCAGCCACAUCUGCCUUCCCCUCUUCCACAUCUGCCAGCAGUGUCGGGACCACGCACACUGAGAAUGUCUCCUUUGUUCCAUCCACCACAACACCCCACUCCACAGCUGGGUCCACCCCAGCACCCACGACCACCGCCUCAUCCACCACAUCCCCAGCGAAGGAUCCUCCUUCCUCCACUGUAGCAACCACAGGCACCGGCCAGACGACCUUCACCAGCCCAGGUGCCACGUCCCCUGAGAAAACCACACUGACUCCUACCACUGAAUUCUUCACAGCAUCUCUCACCACAGAAAUUUCUUCUCCUCCCCACAUCACUUCUUCCAUCACUCCCACCGAUCAAGUGACUUCAAGGAAAACCACCAUGUUUUCACACACAAACACCCACACUGUCACAUACCCCACCAGUGAGAUUCCAUCGUCUACAGCGGUCCCAAGUACAGAACCGGCCACCAGUGCUACCAUACACACCAUCCCUGUGUCAGCCUUGGCGACCACACUCCCGAGCACCCACCCCAGGUCCUCCCCAACAUCUGAGACCACCUACCCUCAUUCUCCCACGAUUUCUGUCACGACAUUCACAACUGAGGUGACACGUCCCACCACUAUGACAGGCACACCUAGCACCGCCAUUUUUCUCACACCCACCUCUGGCUCCCCACCCACCUCAGAAACAACCCAGACUCCUACCCCCAGCUUG